AUGGAUGAAAGCUUGUAUGAUGAAUUUGGUAAUUAUAUCGGUGAUGCCAAUGAUUCGGAUGCUGAAAUUGAGUCUAAUAGCUCUGAUGAAGAUGUAUCGAAUUCUGAAAAUGAAAUAAGCGAAGAUGAAAAAGAACAAGAGAAAGAAUCGACAUCAAAAGCAAUAGUGCUUCAUGAAGAUAAGCAAUACCAUCCCUCAAUAUCCCAGGUUUUUAGUCCAGAUGUCGAAGUCACAAUACAACACACUGAUACCCAAUCUCUUAAUGUGCCGUUGGUGAAACCUACCAUAAACAAAAAGAUUAUUGUCGAAGAAAAGAAUCUACCAGAGGUGAAUUAUUCGAGGGAUUUUAUGGCAAACUUGGCCCUUAAAACUCCAGAAAAAAUAAGAAACAUUACUUUUGUUGGUAACAUGCAUUCUGGUAAAACCACGCUAUUGGAUAUGUUGAUACUACAAACUCAUCCCAGAUUGAUUGAGAAAAACAAGCAUUUGCAAACCAAGAAUUUCAGAUCGUUACGUUACUCUGAUAACCACAAGCUUGAAAUAGAAAGAGGGCUAUCUAUCAAAGCAUCUGCUGCAACAUUCGUUGUUCCAGACAUCAAGGGAAACUCGGUAAUUCUUAAUAUAAUUGACUCUCCUGGACAUGUUAAUUUUACUGAUGAGUUAGUGGCGGCUCAAGAUUUGGCGGACGGUUCCAUUUUAGUAAUUGAUAUCGUUGAGGGCCUAACCAUUAUGGAUAAGUUGGCUAUCAAGAAUGCUAUUGAUAAAAAUUUAGCAUUGAGCGUUGUAUUAAAUAAAAUUGACCGCUUAAUAUUAGAAUUGAAAUUGCCAGUCCUUGAUGCAUAUUAUAAAAUUAAAUAUGUCAUCGAAGAAAUCAAUCACUAUAUCAAAAGAGAAUUAUCGGAAAUAACGCCCAAUUAUUCUUAUCUGACGAUUUUUUCUCCGGAGUUGAAUAAUAUUGCCUUUGCCUCCGGCAAGUUACAAUUUGCAUUCAACUUAAAAUCAUUCGCCAAAAAAUACGUAGAGCUCAACAAAUUGGAGGGUCAUAUUGAUAUUGAGAAGUUUGGGAAAAGAUUAUGGGGUGAUAGUGUUUGCUUCAAUCCAGAAACAGGGAAAUUUUUCAGAAAAACCGCUAGGCAAUUAAGCCAAAAGAACUCAUUUGUCCAAUUUAUUUUGGAACCGCUUUAUAAACUCUUCUCUCUUUCCAUAUCCAAAGAUCAAGAUGAGCUAGCUGACAUAUUAUAUAAGAGAUUUCAUAUUUCUCUUCAUAAGAACUUGUAUAAACAAGAUUCUCAAGUGGUGUUAACUGAGGUUUGCAAGCAAUUUUUUGGUGAGAAUUACGGAUUUGUUGAUAUGAUUCAGUCUUCUUUACCUUCUCCUACUUUGACUGGUGGACAUCAAGUACAAAGAAUGAAAAUCUCACCCGCUAAACUUAAGAUCCUGAAGAUGGUACAAGCUUUAAUUGAAUGCUCGCCUGAUGGUAUACUAAUUGCUAAUACUUGCAAAUUGAUCAAUACUAACGAAGCUGACAAAUUCUAUGGAUUAACCAGAGUUUAUUCGGGAUCAUUGAAGGUGGGUCAAAAAGUAAAGAUUUUGGGAGAAGAAUACUCACUGGAUGAGAACUCUGAUGAUUUCGUCGAAUUUGAAGUUAAGGAGUUGUUUAUUCCUGUUGCCAGAUAUAAAUUCUCUGUUAAUGAGGUGGGUGCUGGAUCUAUAUGUCUUAUUGGUGGUGAUAUCUCCCAAGUGGUUAUUAAGAAUGCCACUAUUUGUGGUAAUGACUUUGAUAACACCGAUGAACCCCUUUAUUUGCUUCAACAAGUUAAUCACAUAUUUGAUCCAAUUUUCAAAGUCAGUAUUAAACCUGAUCACCCUUCACAUUUACCUGAACUUUUAAAUGCCUUGCAAAGUAUCAGCAGAAGCUAUUCCGGCGCUGCAGUUAAAGUUGAAGAAAGUGGAGAAUAUAUUGUUUCAGGAUCUGGAGAAUUGUACUUGGAUUGUAUUUUGCAUGAUAUCAGAUAUUUGUACGGAGACAACUUGGAAAUCAAAGUUUCUGAACCGUUUGUUCAGUUCCAAGAAACUAUUAGUGAAAAGUCACUAGUAAAAUUAACCAUUGAAUCUGUCAAUGGUAAGAACUCUAUUGGAAUAAUUUGUGAACCAUUGGAAGAAGAUUUUGUUAAAGAUAUUCAAAAAGGUCAUUUCGAUAAUUUCAACCAAAUGACAAAAAGACAGGUUGCCAAAACUCUUCAAGAGAAAUAUAAUUGGGACUCUUUGGCCGCAAGAUCGGUCUGGAGCAUUGGAUCGGAAAAUGGAGCUAAUGUCUUGUUAGACGACACUCUUUCUGACGAGGUUGAUAAAAAAACUUUGAAUACUUUGAAAGAUUCUAUUGUUCAAGGAUUUUUAUGGGCCAUAAAACAAGGCCCGAUUUGUGAUGAAACUAUGACCAACAUCAAAUUCAGAAUCAUUUCUAUUAAAUUGGCAGAAAAUCUCUCAGAUAGAAGCUCCGGUCAAAUUUUACCUAUGGUUCGAAGGGCUUGUUAUGCUGCUUAUAUGGUGUCGACGCCGAGAUUAUUGGAACCGAUUUAUCAAGUUGAUGCCACUUGCACGAAACAAUCCACCGAGGCAGUUAAGAAGAUUUUGUAUAAGAGAAGAGGAGUCUUAUCUGAAAAUGAACCAAUAGCGGCAACUCAAUUGUACAAAUGUAUUGGAUAUCUCCCAGUGUUAGAUUCUGUUGGGUUUGAAACAGAUUUGAGAUUACUUACACAAGGACAAGCUAUGUGUUUUACCAGAUUUUAUGAAUGGGGAGUUGUUAGUGGAGACCCAUUAGAUAAAGAUGCCUUUAUUCCAAAGUUGAAACCGGCAUCUCCAAAUUUUUUGGCAAGAGAUCUUGUCACCAAAACUAGAAGAAGAAAGGGGCUCGGUGGUGAACCAAGUUUGGAAAAAUACAUUGAUCAAUCAACUUUCCAAAAACUCAAGCGCCAAGGGAUUAUUGAGUGA